AACAGUAAGGCGAACGCAGCAGGCUGUGGCAUACCACCCCAAACGAUUUUUUUGCGGACCGCCAUAAUACCAUAGAAGAAGAAGUAAACGGAAGUGAACGGUGACCAAGAAUCAUUUCCACGUUAGGGUUUUAUUUCAAAGUUUUUUUUAACACCCUGGAACUCAAUAUGACAAAUUUCACUACACAGCAUCACAUACCUACCCUAGGUAGUGUUUAGUUCGCGUUGGAGACAAGACUUGGUUGAUAGAUGUUAUCUAGGUAACUCUAUCCAGCUAGUUGCUAACAAUGGCUAACUGUAACGGUAUGGUUUUUCACACUCAAAUAGCCUCCAUCAUGGAGGUGCUAGCAAAUGCAGCCGUGGCAGAGAUCUGUAAAGUCGUAGACGACGACUAUGCAGUGUUUCGUUUGGAAAUUUCUCAAAGCCAGAAAGAAAAUAGGGGAUUGCGGAGGAAACUACAGCUACUAGAACUGAAGGUGGCACGGGAGCGCACAGAGAGGACAAUGCGAGAGCGCGUUUUCGCCAGUCGUCCCAGUACUUUCAACAUCCUAGACCGAUACAGAGGAAUGGCAAGAGGUGAAGGACAUCUGACUGGAGGCCACAGGAGCUUUGUGAAGCCAGCGGGACACAAUAAAUGGAGAGAUGACCAACCAGUCACUGUUGAUGAGAGGAGUGGAACCUCAACCCAGCAUGUUGUUGUGAUAGAGUCUGCAGGUGCAGAGGCUACAGGUCCUGGGGUGAAGCAGGAGAUGACUGAAGUAGUGGAGGACCCACGGCACAGUGGAGAUGUCCAGACUGGAGCGGCAGGGGAGCCCCCUGUAGCCACAGAGAACCCCACCCCAGAGCAGUCCAGGACCCAACGCAGCAUCAUGGAGGAUGAGGGUCCAGAGGUGCUGCUGGUGAAGGAUGAGGGUCCAGAGGUGCUGCUGGUGAAGGAUGAGGGGUGUGAGGAGGGUCUACGGAACCCUGAGGGGACCAUGAUCAUGGAGGACAACCAGACUACACCUCCUCCUGAAUCCACAGAGGAACCAGCUGAGUUGCACAGGACCACACUCAGUCUCGCUGAGCCAGUAGACAUGGAGGAUGGGAAGCCUGAUCUGCUGCUAGUCAAAGAGGAGACAAUAGAAGACGAACCAGAGAGCAUUGACCUGCUGAGUGGACUAAAGAAGGGGGAGCAAGGUAAAGGAGAAAUGCAUAUAGCCCAUUGUCUUACGUCAGCUGACGUCACUCCAACACCACGCUCGUUCCUCCUCAUAGUACCGGUUUCAAUUCAAGUGCCAAUGCCAUUUAUCAAACUCCAGGUGGUGCUUUGGCCAGAUGACUUGAAAAUAGAGCUCUUUGGCGUCGAAAAAAUGAAACAUGGAAGCAUAUGCAAAAAAAAGUACCUCAUACCUACGGUAAAAUAUGAUGGUUGGCUGGAGGCUAACAGUGGAGACUGGAUGGCCAUCUUGGAUUCCCAAACCCAGACGAGUACAGCCAAGGGCUCCAGGGAUAACAUCAACAAGCCGGCCUGGACCAGAGGCGACAUAGUGGCGGCCAGUGGAUGGGACAGCGUCCUUACCUCUGGGCUAGGGAGCAUUGUUCAACAUAACCAGAAACUGACAGUUGAACACAAAACAACAUCUAAACUUAAUCUCCAUGACAACAUACUAGUUGAAACCAGGGCAAGGUGUAGAUUUAGUCCGCUGGGAUGGGGAGGUAUCCGUAUGAGAACAGACACAGACUCGGCUAGCAAUUCUCCGUCCUGCUCCUAUAGUUGUGAUUCAGAGAGACUGAUGGCGCCUCAGGUUAAUGCCCUAACAGGUUCUGCCUUCAGCCUGCCUUCUAAAGGAUCUAUCAACUUGAACAUUGACCCUGCGACAACACAGACACUCUCUGGCCUUCGUCCUCCUCACACUCUCCUGUUAAACCAGACCUCAGACAAUGCCAAUGCCUCAACACUUAAUGGCUACACAAGUCCAUUGACAAUUGACAGUAGUAGUAGUAUCGCUAUCAGCAGAUCCAGUGUCAAAGAGAAGCGUUUCCCAUGUUCGUUCUGUGGGAAAGCCUUCAGUUUCCCCAAACAGAUGGAGAUCCACCAGAGGAUGCACACGGGGGAGAAACCAUUUGGCUGCCAGCUGUGCCGGGCCAGUUUCUCUCAAUCGUCAAACCUGAAGAGGCACCAGAGAGUCCACACAGGGGAGAAACCCUACAGCUGCCCCCAGUGUGAGAAGAGGUUCUCCCGCCAGCACCAGCUGAAGAUGCACUUGAAGGUCCAUACAGGAGAGCGGCCGUUUGCCUGUACACACUGUGGGAAGAGGUUCUCAGAGAGGAGCUACCUCAGGAUACACCAGCAGAAAAUGCACACGGCCCAUGUAUAGAGUGACAUGUAAUGUAAUACUAGUUAGUUUGUAGUUAAUUCUGUUGGUAAUGGAUGUAUCGUGAACUGAGGAAAGAAUGAGUAUGAUGAGGCCGAGUAGGUGAUAUGGUGAUGGAUGGUGUAAAAAUGCUUCACUAAUGAAGUGACAAACUUUGUCUUUAGGUGUUUUAUAGUGAGAUAAUGAUAGUGCCUUAAUUCAUGAAGUAUUGAAGCUGUGUGUAAUAUUGAACCAUUUCCAAAGUAUUCUAUAGUUACAUCAAAGCGAAGGUACUAGAUUUACAGAAAAGGUCAAUUGUGAGAAGUUUUUCUACUUGUCAUGUAUUGUUUUGUGCAAUACAUGUGAUUUGUAAUGCUAUUUGUUUAAAUUAAAUACUAAAUUGACUCUGCA